UACUACUUCGAUGGAAGAGGAAAAGCCUUCCGACCAAUCAUUGUGGUGCUAAUGGCUCGAGCGUGCAAUGUUCAUCAUGAUAACUCCAGCCUCUCAGUGAGCCCUGCCAUUUUACUGCUACUUCCCAGCAGAAAGUCCAGUCUCCUGGCAUAGUUUGUGAUAGCGGAAAUGGUGCUCAGUCUAUGUGAAUGCAUGAGAAAGGCUGGAGACCUUAACAGUUGUUUUAAGAGAUGUGCAAGCAAGUCAACGCACCAUAGCCUUAAUCGCAGAAAUGAUCCACACUGCUAGUUUGGUUCAUGAUGAUGUUAUUGAUGAUGCAAGUUCUCGAAGAGGAAAACACACAGUAAAUCAGAUCUGGGGUGAAAAGAAGGCUGUUCUUGCUGGUGAUUUUAUCCUCUCUGCAGCUUCUGUGGCUCUGGCAAGAAUUGGAAAUACAACUAUUGUAUCCAUUUUAACUCAAGUCCUCGAAGACUUGGUGCGUGGUGAAUUUCUUCAGCUGGGCUCAAAAGAAAAUGAGAACGAGAGAUUUGCUCACUACCUCGAAAAGACCUUUAAGAAGACCGCAAGUCUGAUAGCCAACAGUUGUAAAGCAGUUUCGAUCCUAGGAUGUCCCGACCCAGUGGUUCAUGAGAUUGCCUAUCAGUACGGGAAAAACGUUGGCAUCGCUUUUCAGUUGAUAGAUGACGUGUUAGACUUUACCGCGUGCACUGACCAUCUGGGGAAGCCAACCGCAGCAGAUCUCAAACUCGGAUUAGCCACGGGCCCAGUUUUAUUUGCCUGCCAGCAGUUUCCAGAAAUGAAUGCCAUGAUAAUGAGACGAUUCAGCUUGCCUGGAGAUGUAGAACGUGCUCGGCAGUUUGUAUUACAGAGUGACGGAGUGCAGCAAACAACCUACCUCGCUCAACGCUAUUGCCACAAGGCAAUAAGGGAGAUCAGUAAACUGCGACCGUCCCCUGAAAGAGAGGCCCUCAUUCAGCUGACAGAAAUCGUCCUCACCCGGGACAAAUGA